AAACACCCUCAAAACCCUAUAAUCACUGCCCCAAUUGGAUUAGUUGAACAAGAAAAUUUUAGAGAUCCAACAACAGCUUGGAAGGGUAGUGAUGGAAAAUGGAGGGUCAUAAUUGGUGCUAGAAAUGGUGAUUUAGGGAAGGCAAUUUUAUACCAUAGUGAUGAUUUUAUUAAUUGGAAAUUAAGCCCUAAUAAUCAUCAAUUCUAUGUAAUUGAUGGCAUUGGAAUGUGUGAGUGCCCUGAUUUUUUUCCAGUUUUAAUUGAUGGUACAAAGCAUGGGGUUGAUUUAGAUUCUUCUUCAGUUCAAGAUUCUAAUGAUGUUAUUAGGCAUGUGUUGAAGAUAAGUUACCAAAAUAAACAGCAAGAACAUUAUUUGGUAGGUAAGUAUGUUUGUGAUGAGGACAAGUUUGUUGCUGAGAAUAAAAUUACAGGGACUAGUUUGGACUUGAAAUUGGACCAUGGUGAAUUUUAUGCUUCAAAAUCAUUCUUUGACUAUGCCAAGAAGAGAAGGGUAUUAUGGGGAUGGGUUAAAGAGCUUGAUACAGAACAAGAUGAUAUUCUUAAAGGAUGGGCUGGUCUACAGGGCAUUCCAAGGCAAGUGUGGCUUCAUGAAAAUGGGAAGUGGCUGAUGCAGUGGCCAAUAGAAGAGUUAGAGACACUUAGAUACUCCGACAAUGAAGUUAGUAUUUUGGGACACAAACUUGUUGCUGGAUCAACUCUUCAAGUCUCAGGUAUCACUGCAUCACAGGCUGAUGUAGAAGUAGUGUUUGAACUACCUGAACUGGAAAGUGCAGAAUGGUUAGAUUCAAAAGAAGUUGAUCCCCAAAUAGUGUGUAGUGAUAAAGAAUAUGCAUCAAGAAGUGGCAUAAUAGGCCCAUUUGGUUUACUGGCUUUAGCUUCAAAGGAUCUUACAGAGCAAACUGCAAUUUUCUUCACAAUCUUUAGAACUUCCAAUGGAUUUUCAUGUCUCAUGUGCACUGAUCUUACCAGGUCUUCAUUGAGGCAAGACGUUCAUAAAACCACAUAUGCAACUAUCUUUGCCAUAGAUUCCAAUCUCAAAGCAAUUUCACUUAGAACCUUGAUUGAUGGGUCGAUUAUAGAGAGUUUUGGAGAGAAAGGAAGAGUUUGUAUCACAAACAGAGUUUAUCCCUUGUUGGCUACUGAAAAGGAUGCUCAUCUUUAUGUCUUUAACAAUGGAAAACAGAAUGUUUGCAUCUCAAAACUAAAUGCUUGGAGCAUGAAGCCAGCAAAGUUUGUUCAACAGUGAAAAUGAUUGUUUGAAAUUGUUUGAACUUUGAAGCAAUAUUGCUACGAAUAAUUUGGAGAAUCAUACCCUAUUUUACAUAGAUAUAUUGUAUACAGCUGUUUAAUUUAAUUUAUAGUGUCCUGGUUAAAAGCA